AUGGGUGGUGUCCUGCAAAACAUAUUGUCAAUCAUUGUAAUUGUGGAGUACAUAAUAGGAAAUUUUGUGAAUGGAUUCAUAGCAGUGGUGAAUUUCGUGGACUGGAUCAAGAGAAAAAAGAUUUCUUCAGCUAAUCAAAUCAUCACUUCUUUGGCAAUCUCCAGAAUUGUUUUUCUCUGGCUGCAAUUCCUAAAUUGGUGGCUACAUGAGUUUUAUCCAGAUUUACUAAUGACUAAAGACAUGGUAGAAAUGAUUUAUAUUGCCUGGUCAGUGACCAGUCAUUUUAACAUGUGGCUUUCUGCGUGUCUCAGCAUCUUUUAUUUUCUAAAGAUAGCCAACUUUUCCAAUGCUACUUUUCUUUACCUAAAGUGGAGAGUUACGAAGGUCAUUUCAGUGACCUUAUUGGUGUCUCUGGUUCUAUUGCUCUUAAAUAUCUUACUAAUGAAAAUCUAUGGUAAUGAAAGGAUUAGUGAAUAUAAAACAAACAUGUCUUGCAGUUCCAGUUCAAGUGAUUCUACAGGGUUUACCAGAAUUGUUUUCUUCAUGCAGAUUGGGUUAGCACUCAUACCCUUUACUGUAUCCCUGACAACUUUCAUCCUGCUCAUCUUCUCCCUGUGGAAACAUCUGAAGAGGAUGGGGCACAAUGUCAGAGGGUCCAGAGAUGCCAGCACCAAGGCCCAUAUAAAAGCUUUACAAACUAUGAUUGCCUCUCUACUGUUGUAUACCACUUUUUACCUGUUUUUUAUUAUAUACAUUAUUAACUCUGGAUUUCUGAAGAGAAAUCUCAUUGUUUCCUUUCUCCUGGUAUCUAUUCUAAUGGGUUGCCCUUUGGGCCACUCGUUUGUCUUGAUUCUGGGAAACAAUGAUCUAAAACAGGCUUCUGUUUUGGUGCUGAUGUGGCUGAGAUGUUGGUCCAAAGGUGUGGACUCCUUGGAUCCAUAG